UUUUCGUUUUUGCGGGCAGUAUCUAUCCAACACUUGAUUUGCCCAUUACUCAACGCAGCCUUGCAAACACUAAAAUAACAGGUGCAUCAUCCCCUCGCCAACGAUGGACAAGCAAAAUUAACUAUCAGCACGAAACGCAACGGAAUAGGGCACCCAAAGUUUAGUAAGCCCGCCAUAACUUGAUAAUUAAACCACCAGAACUGAACUAGCAGGAUUACCAUGAAGAUGCAACACAACCCCGGAUCAAGGACGCCAGCGGCCAUGGAUUGUCACCUCUUCCACGGGGAGGAGCAGCGGGUGGCAGUGUCCCGCGAGGCGGCUUCGGUCGCCGUGGACACGUGCAUGGUGGCCGCCGCGGUGACCGGCGCGUCGCUGCUUGCGUGGUGGUCGGUGGCGUUCCACCCGUCCAACAGCCGGCUGUGGAUGGUGCCCGUCGGCCUCGUGCUGGCAUGCACCCCGGCCGUCGUCUACCUCGCGCUCAGCCUUUCGGCCGAACCGCGCGUGCAAGACGGCGGCAUGAAGACGGCGCCGUUGUCAGCUGUGGUGAUGUAG